AUGAAAAUCUGUGUUGUCGGAGCCGGUGUUAUCGGUUUAACAACAGCAUUAGAAUUGCAAUCAACUUAUCGUGGAGCAGACAUUCACAUAUUGUCAAAUAAAUUCGAAAAUCAGACAACCAGUUAUGUUGCUGCUGGUUUGUUCAGACCUGGUACAAGUUUUUGUGGUCCCACCGAUGAAAUAACAAGACAAAUUAUAAAUGAUUCCUAUUACUAUUGGGACAGUAUAAGAAAGACUUCAGAAGCAGCAGAGGCAGGAGUGACUCAGUUGUCUGUUUAUAUAUUUUCAAGUAAAAGUGCACACAUUACGAGGAAUUCCUAUAUUGAAAAAUUGGUACCAAUAUAUCGAGCAGCGACUGAAGAUGAGCUUCAGCUAUGUCCAGGAAAUUGGAAAUAUGGAUCAUUUUUUACCACACUGUUAACAGAAUGCAGAUUAUAUUUACCAUGGGCUAAACAAAAAUUUUUAUCAAACGGCGGUCACAUUACAGAAUAUACAAUAAACAAUUUUGCUGAUUUGCCUGAAAAGUAUGAUAUCGUUGUUAAUUGCACUGGGCUCCAGGCAAAAAUUUUGUGCAAUGAUAAUAAAUUGGUACCAAUUCGAGGACAAGUUAUAAAGGUCAAAGCCCCAUGGAUAAAAACAGCUUUCUACGGUGACUACGAUACCUACGUUAUCCCAGGAUUUGAGACAGUCACCUUAGGAGGCGUAAGACAAUACGACAGUUACAACACCGAAAUUUGUAAAUACGAUAGGGCAGCAAUUAAAGAACGAUGCGAAUCUCUAGUACCUAGUUUGAAGACUGCUAAAGUCGUAAAUGAGUUGGUCGGUUUGAGACCACACAGAGAUCCAGUAAGAAUCGAAGGCGAAGUACUGAGAAGGGGCACCGAGAGUGUUAAAAUAGUCCAUAAUUUAUGGACACGGUGGUUAUGGGGUAACUACAGCACCAGGUAGUGCAAAACAUGCGGUGAAAUUGGUCAGGGAUAUGUUGGCC